GCGGGUCCAAGAGUAGAUGGUCUCUAGGACAGUUAUUUGUUCAUGCGGCUAGCAGACUAGCAGAUUUUAGUGUUAACAUUUUGGAGUUGGCCGUCUGUGUCGGGCCAUGGACGAAGUGACAGGAGCUCAGCUGAUUGCUGAGUCUCUAAAGACUCAGAAAGUGGAGUACAUGUUUGGGAUAGUUGGUGUCCCUGUCAUUGAAGUGGCCAUGGCUGCUCAGGCUGCAGGGAUCAAAUAUGUGGGAAUGCGCAACGAACAAGCGGCGUGUUAUGCAGCAUCUGCAGUGGGAUACCUCACUGGAAGACCAGGUGCCUGCCUGGUGGUGUCUGGACCCGGGCUCAUCCAUGCUCUCGGUGGAAUGGCCAACGCAAAUGUGAACUGCUGGCCGGUGGUCGUCAUCGGAGGGUCUUCAGAUCGAAACCAGGAAACAGCAGGAGCUUUCCAGGAGUUCCCUCAGGUCGAAGCCUGUCGCCUGUACAGCAAGUUUUCCGCUAGACCCAGCAGUCUAGAAGCCAUCCCUUCAGUGAUAGAGAAGGCUGUCCGCACCAGCAUGUACGGACGUCCAGGCGCUUGCUAUGUGGAUAUUGCAGGGGACAUGGUCAACGGCAAAGUGGACCGGAGCAAAGUUAGAGAGGUGUCCUGCUGUCCACCUCCACCAGUGAGUUUGGCUGACCAUGGUGCGAUUACAGAAGCCGUCUCUGUCUUAAAAACAGCCAAGACACCUUUGGUCGUCAUUGGCAAAGGUGCGGCCUACGGCAGAGCAGAGCUCGCUCUGAAGGAGUUUGUGGAAAGAAGCGGCCUGCCGUUCCUGCCCACUCCCAUGGGGAAAGGAGUGCUACCGGAUGAUCACCCCAACUGUGUGGCCGCCGCCCGCUCAAGAGCUCUUCUCCAGGCCGAUGUCGUGCUUCUGCUUGGAGCCAGGCUCAACUGGAUUUUGCAUUUUGGGUUGCCCCCAAGAUUUAACCCUAACGUAAAGAUCAUUCAGGUGGACCUCUGUCCUGAGGAGAUGGGUAACAAUGUGAGGCCAGCUGUUGCCCUCCUGGGAGACAUCAACGCUAUUGUCACGCAGCUCGUCGCGUGUGUCCAUAAAGACGGCUGGAAAUACCCCUCUAACACAGAGUGGUGGAGCACAUUGAAGAAGAAGAUUGCUGCUAAUGCACAAAUAUCAAAGGCUCUUGCUCUCGAAGCAAAAUUACCCAUGAACUACUACACAGUGUUUCACAACGUUUCCCAGCUCCUGCCAAAGGACUGCAUCAUAGUCAGCGAGGGUGCAAACACCAUGGACAUUGGACGCACUAUGUUGAAUAACUACCUACCUCGACACAGGAUGGAUGCGGGCACCUUUGGAACAAUGGGAGUGGGCCUCGGGUUUGCAAUUGCAGCAGCUGCCGUUGAGAGGAGUGAGAACAGAGGGCGGCGGGUGGUCUGUGUGGAAGGAGACAGCGCCUUCGGGUUCUCUGGCAUGGAGGUCGAGACCAUGUGCAGGUAUAAUCUGCCCGUUGUCAUUAUUGUGGUCAACAAUAAUGGUAUAUACAGUGGAGUGGACCCAGACACGUGGAAAGAAAUGAGAAAAAUGGGAGAUCUGACCUCCAUAGCCCCGCCUGUUACCCUCCUGCCCGAGGCGCGCUAUGAUGAGGUCAUGACAGCGUUCGGAGGCCGAGGGUUCCUGGUGAGGACGGUGGACGAGCUGCGCAGUGCCUUACAGCUCAGCCUGAGAGACUGGGAGAGGCCGAGUCUGCUCAAUGUGCUUAUCGACCCCUCCUCAGACAGAAAACAGCAGGAGUUUCCUUGGCUCACGCGCUCCAAUCUGUAGAUACGAAUGAAUCCUCCUCUGUCCAGAGGACUGGGAAAUUAUGAGGCUGCUACCUUUUUUUUUCUUUUUCCCCCACAAAAUAAAUGAAUAUUUGUACUGAUUC